AUGAAAAAAGACCGUCAAUCAUUGCUUUCAAAUGAACCUUUUAAAAUAGGAGAUAUUCCAUAUAAAACCUAUUUAGUGUUAAGACAGCUUCAACUAGAUGAACCUGAAAAACCUUAACUAGUUCAUUAGCUCAACGAACAUACUGUAUAAGCUAAGGAUUAAUAGUAUUAAUUUAAUGGAGUCUUUGUUAACAAGAACUCUAAUGAAGACAUAUACAAAGCAGUAUUUAGGGAUUUAAUUUCACAUUUCUUAGCUGGAGAAUCUCAUAUGAUAUAGAUUUUAGGAGAACGACAUUCUGGUAAAGCUACUUUAGCUAUUGGGAAUAUGAGAAAUCCAGGACUUGUGUUGCUUAUAAUGUAGGAGAUCUUUAAUUUUAUUGAAGAGAAAUUUCUUGAGAAUAACAUCACUAUUAAAAUGAGUGCAUUUGAGUUUGAUGAAACUGGUUUCAAAGAUUUAUUAGUUCUAGAUUCCUAACCUUUUAUGCCAGUCUUCUAGAAUGGAUAAAAUUAAUUACUUGGCAUUCCAGAAGUUAUCAUUGAUAAUUAUCUAUUGGGAAUGAAAAUAUUAAGAAUUGCUAUGGUCAAUCUUAUUAAUAAAGAAUAAAACAUUCUUAGUUAAAAAUUUGUAGAUAGACACAAAAGAACUAAUUUAAUUAUUGAAUUAAAAGCUGAAAUUAGUCCUAAUGAUGAUAUCAAAGAGUAAGUCAUCAUUUCUAAACUUAAAAUUGUUAAAUUUAGUGGAACUUUUGAAUUUGGAUAAAUCUAUAAAACAAUGGCUGAUCUAACUACAAAAAGAAGAAAACAUGUUGAUGUUCCAUUCAAAAGUGUAGAAUUAUUAGAUUAUUUUCGAGAUUAUUUAUUAAACUAAAAAUAGACUGUUUUUGUUUGCAUUAAUAGUGAUAGUGUUGAAACUGUUAAAUUAGGUUCACUUAUUGGAUAAAUAAUGAAUAAAUCUCAAUUCUUGACUUUCUCUAUUUAUUAACAAAAUGCAUAAUUAAAAGAUAUAAUGAGUAAUCAAUAUGAAUCAUUAAAUUUGUUUCAUAAAGAGUUUAGCCAAUAUAAUGAGAGUAAAAAGGAGAGAGGUAAAAUAAUCUUUAGUAUUUUAAUUGGAAUGGCGAGUUUGUAUAGGAAGAUGUUAAAGUUAUUUGAUUAGGCUAGUGAGAUUAAGUAUAAGUUAAAUUGUUUAUAUUCAUAAGUAAUUAGUUUUCAUUGUUCCAAAUAUAAUAAUAUAAUUAAUACAGAAGAUUGUAAAGAGUUUUAUUUGGCUAAAAUUUAAUUAUAUGCAAUUGAAUAGGUGUAAACGGUGGAAUUGACAUGUUAAUAAUUAGCAAUAGAAUUAUUAAAUGAUUUAUUUGUUAAGAAUUAGCAAUUGAUAAAAUUGAGAAAGGAGAUGAUUUAAUUUGGAAAAUAAUUUAAUAAAUAUUAAUAAUUAUCUUAAUAUGAUUUACAAAGACUUAAUAAUACUCAUUAAUUAGUAACAAAAUUAUUGAUUAUUUUUGAAUAGCGUUUGGGUUAUAACAUACUAAAUUAAAUAGAUUAAAAAUAUUAUUAAAUGUUUGACAAUGUAUUGGACAUAGCAUAAUUAUACAAGGAAGAUGUUUAGAUAUAAAGUCAAGAUGUUUAGAAUUAAACACAAACUUAAACAAUAAAAAAAUAGACAUAGAUGAAUACUACUAAAUUUUUUAAACCUACUUUACCUAGUAAAAAAGAACCUCCUUAAAGAUAAAGAUUUACUGAUGUUGUUUAAUAAUUGUUUAAUGAUGAAAAUACAAAGGAAUAUUAUUCAGCUAAAUCAGUAUUUGGAUUGACAAAAAUAAAUGAUUAACCUUAAAUGAGAUAGACAGUAAAAUCUGAAUUAUUUGAUAAAUUGUAAUCUAGAUAAACAAAUAAUAUAAAGGCAAUAGUUUUAGAGGAAUAGAAAUAUAGGUAUUAUAUAAAUUAAAAAUGUUUAAGAUUUUUCAGAUCAACGGGAGUAGGAUUUAUAAAGAAUUCUUAUAGAAAUGGAAAUUUAAGAGCUUAGUCAUAGAUGUUACCAAGAAUAGUUUAAUUUGAGAGUGUUGAACAAACUAAUUAGAAUUAAUAAUUUUGA